CGGAAUUAGAAUCAAACAUGAAUCGAGGUUUGGUGCUGCUGCUGCUGCCUUGUCUGGCGGUCCUCACCGAGUGUCGCUAUGCCAAGGUGAACAUCAAUCUGGGCCUUACAGUGGCCGAUGAGACGCCUCGUCCGCUCACCGAGGACAUGAUCCGCCUGUGUGGCGAACAAACGGACAUCUCCCUCCAGGAGCUGCACAAGUUCCAGCAGCACGACUUCGCCCAUCCGUCGGAGCCCGUCCAGUGCUUCACUCACUGCCUCUACGAGCAGAUGGGCCUCAUGCACGACGGCGUCUUCGUCGAACGCGACUUUAUCGGUCUCCUGUCUGACGUCAGUAAUCCAGCGUCCUGGCCGGAGCGUCAGUGCCACGCGAUUCGUGGUGCCAACAAAUGCGAGACUGCCUUCAAGAUCCACCAGUGCCGCCAGCAGCUCAAGGAGCAGCACAACCUCGAGGCCAGCAAGGAUGUGGAGACUACCACCGCCUCGCAGGCAGAUGACUUCCUGCCUUAGGCUUUUACUUGUUUUGUUUUUGACUCUUUUUUGGUGUUGGAAUUUGCUGCAAUUUAUGUUUAUUUC